GUGGUGGGCAGCCGCCGGCGACCGCCGCGCAAACUCGUGCCGCUCGCCUACAAGCAGUUCAGCCCCAACGUGCCCGAGAAGACCCUGGGCGCCAGCGGACGCUAUGAAGGCAAGAUCGCUCGCAGCUCCGAGCGCUUCAAGGAGCUCACCCCCAAUUACAAUCCAGACAUCAUCUUCAAGGACGAGGAGAACACAGGCGCCGACCGCCUCAUGACCCAGCGCUGUAAGGACCGGCUGAACUCGCUGGCUAUCUCCGUGAUGAACCAGUGGCCCGGUGUGAAGCUGCGGGUGACUGAGGGCUGGGACGAGGACGGCCACCACUCAGAGGAGUCCCUGCAUUAUGAGGGCCGCGCGGUGGACAUCACCACAUCAGACCGCGACCGCAAUAAGUAUGGACUGCUGGCGCGCUUGGCAGUGGAGGCCGGCUUUGACUGGGUGUAUUACGAAUCAAAGGCCCACGUGCAUUGCUCCGUCAAGUCCGAGCACUCGGCUGCAGCCAAGACGGGCGGCUGCUUCCCUGCCGGAGCCCAGGUACGCCUGGAGAGUGGGGCGCGUGUGGCCUUGUCAGCUGUGAGGCCGGGAGACCGCGUGCUGGCCAUGGGGGAGGACGGGAGCCCCACCUUCAGUGAUGUGCUCAUUUUCCUGGACCGCGAGCCCCACAGGCUAAGAGCCUUCCAGGUCAUCGAGACUCAGGACCCCCCACGCCGCCUGGCACUCACACCCGCUCACCUGCUCUUUACAGCUGACAAUCACACGGAGCCAGCGGCCCGCUUCCGGGCCACAUUUGCCAGCCACGUGCAGCCUGGCCAGUAUGUGCUGGUGGCUGGGGUGCCAGGCCUGCAGCCUGCCCGCGUGGCAGCUGUCUCUACACACGUGGCCCUUGGGGCCUAUGCCCCACUCACAAGGCACGGGACACUGGUGGUGGAAGAUGUGGUGGCAUCCUGCUUCGCGGCCGUGGCUGACCACCACCUGGCUCAGUUGGCCUUCUGGCCCCUGAGACUCUUUCACAGCUUGGCGUGGGGCAGCUGGACCCCUGGGGAGGGUGUGCAUUGGUACCCCCAGCUGCUCUACCGCCUGGGGCGUCUCCUGCUAGAAGAGGGCAGCUUCCACCCACUGGGCAUAUCCGGGGCAGGGAGCUGAAAGGACUCCACCGCUGCCCUCCUGGAACUGCUGUACUGGGUCCAGAAGCCUCUCGGCCAGGAGGGAGCUGGCCCUGGAAGGGACCUGUGCUGGGGUGCACUGGCUCCUGCCAUCUCCUCUGCCAUGGAGAUACAUCAUUGAGACUUGACUGGGCAACACCAGGGUUCCCCACCCCCGCCGUGGUGUAGUCAUAGAGCUGCAAGCUGAGCUGGCGAGGGGGUGGUUGUUGACCCCUCUAUCCUAGAGACCUUGAGGCUGGCACGGCGACUCCCAACUCAGCCUGCUCUCACUAUGAGUUUUCAUACUCUGCCUCCCCCAUUGGGGAGGGCCCAUUCCAUCUGUCUUAGGCCCCUUUGGGUGGGCUUGCACCUCAGUUGAUGCUGCUAAAUUCCCUGGGAGCCAGCAUGGAGCUGGCUGGACCCGAUGCUGUCCAGAACUGGGAAGGCCACAGGGGUGGGGCAGCCAUCCCGGCCAUUCUGAGGUAUGACAUUCCUCCCCGGCCACACUCCUCAAGACACAUUCAGAGACUGUUGCUGUCAGUGGGCAGAGUUCUGUGUUCUGGCCAAUGUGACCAUAGUGCCGGGGACUGGGGGAAGUGGGCUGGAUGUGCUUGCCACCCCCCGGGCUAAGCUCCCUCUUCUGCUGAACCAUGAUCCCCACCCCUUCCGCUGGUCAGUCUCCCAUACCUUAUUUAUUGGCGCGGAGGGGGAAGCCCAUGGGAGAAUUCUGGGGAUGUUUUGGUCUUUUCUUCCUUUUGUAAUAAAAAUUAUUUAAGUUGUUAGA